CUUCAGCGCAGUGAAGGCCAAUAACGAGAAGAAGAUGAACUUGCGCUCCACAGUUUCCCCAAUGCAAGAUGGCGGUGCAGGAGACAGCAGCACAACUCUCUAUGGCCCUAAAGGUGCAAGAAUAUCCAACUUUAAAGGUUCCUUAUGAAACCUUAAACAAGCGCUUUCGAGCGGCUCAGAAGAACAUCGACCGGGAGACCAGUCACGUGACGAUGGUUGUGGCAGAACUGGAGAAAACCCUCAGUAGUUUUCCAGUGGUGGAUACUGUGGUCUCUCUUCUGGAUGGAGUGGUUGAGAAGCUCAGCGCCCUUAAGAGAAAAGCGGCAGAGUCUAUCCAAGCAGAGGAUGAGAGCGCUAAGCUAUGUAAGCGACGCAUAGAGCACCUGAAGGAACAUAGCAGUGACCAGCCAGCCAUCGUCAAUGUCUGGAAGAAGAAGCGCAUGGAUCGCAUGAUGGUGGAACACUUACUACGUUGUGGCUAUUACAACACUGCAGUCAAGCUAGCCAGACAAAGUGGUAUUGAGGAUUUGGUCAACAUAGAAAUGUUUCUUACUGCGAAAGAAGUUGAGGAAUCACUCGAACGACAGGAAACGGCUACCUGUCUCGCUUGGUGCCAUGACAACAAGUCUCGCCUACGAAAGAUGAAAAGCUGUUUGGAGUUCAGUUUAAGGAUCCAGGAAUUUAUUGAACUCAUUCGACAAAACAAACGCAUGGACGCAGUAAGACAUGCACGCAAACACUUCAGCCAAGCUGAAGGAGGGCAGUUGGACGAGGUACGGCAGGUGAUGGGUAUGCUGGCUUUUCCCUCUGACACGCACAUCUCACCAUAUAAGGAUCUUUUGGAUCCAGCUCGUUGGAAAAUGCUAAUCCAGCAGUUCAGAUUUGACAACUACAGAUUACACCAACUGGGAAACAACUCUGUGUUUACCAUUACACUGCAGGCAGGGCUGUCUGCCAUCAAAACCCCGCAGUGUUAUAAAGAGGAUGGUACUUCCAAAAACCCAGACUGCCCUGUCUGUAGCAAGUCGUUGAACAAAUUGGCUCAACCUCUUCCCAUGGCCCACUGUGCAAACUCACGGCUGGUGUGCAAAAUAUCUGGGGAAGUCAUGAAUGAGAAUAACCCACCCAUGAUGCUGCCUAAUGGCUAUGUGUAUGGUUACAGUUCUCUAUUGUCCAUUCGUCAAGAUGACAAGGUGGUAUGCCCCAGAACCAAAGAGGUUUUCAACUUUUCCCAGGCUGAGAAGGUGUAUAUUAUGUAAUGGGAGCUCCACAUAAGUUUUGGAAUGUAAAAUUGUGGCGCCAUCGAAGGCUGGGUGAAUCUCAAGCUGACACCAUUUGUCCAAGGGCUUCAGUCAUCCUGCCCUUUGUUCCAUGCGAACAAAUCUAAUUGACAAAAUGCCCUCACCCUCAACUGGCCUACAAGACCUACACUGAAUGGAUGGUUCAGAAUGGAGUUGCCCUGCGCUAAUCCGGACAGUUAUGACAAGCAAAGAUUGUUGUUUGUUUUUAAAAGGAUUGAUAUUUUGGCUUUUAUUUACCUGGAUUCUUGACAGUAGUGUAAAACAGUGAACAUGGCUCUAUAUCACCUUAUCUCCAAAUGCUUCUGCCUUGUAGUGUGUAAACAAUAUGAAUUGUUCAUUGCUGGGGUUUUUUUUUAACAAGGGCACCCAUUUAGGUCAUUGUUUUUUAGAAAGAUUGUGAGUGGGUAGUUGUAGAGAACACACUCUGAUGCGUUUGCACCUGUGAAAUCUGUGACCACAUACAUUUAUGUUGAAGUGAUAUUAAUGUGUUUGAUGGACAUCCUCACAUUCUGAGGUAACAUGUAAGAAAAUAUUGUAGCAUCAAUAGCAAUACUGCUCUUUAUCACAACUCCGUAGAUGUUUGGACUAGAAAGACAUUACAGUGUUUGUUUGUUGUUUUUUUUUAUUAAAAAUUUACAUUAGUUUACAUUUUACAGUGCAUAACAUAUGGAAUUGUUAUGAAUACCAUCAUCCAUUCGUAAAAUAAAAUAAAUUUUAUGUAUGACCAAAGUCUGUUUAGGACGGGUGUGCAAGAUUGAAUUUUGAAAGAUAUUCCUAGUUCUCUUUUUUCUGACCGUGGAUUGGGUAUUAUAAAGCCGUAUAUCAAUGUUGUUAAUGACUUCAUGCUGCAUUUAGUGAUGUUUUGUGACUACAGGUUCAGUAGUAAAUUUAAAGCAGUUUGGUUGGUGAAUCUAUGGGUAGAUUCAAACCUUGCAGGUUGUUUUUACAAGGACUUAAGGUCUUCCCCUCCACAUCUACAGUCUAGAUGCACCCAUUUUGUGACAUGAAUAUCUGUUAUGUGUGGGUUUUCUUCUGCUACAAAUCAGUUAUGUAUCCUUUAGAGAUAUAAACUUGUAUUGAGCACAAUUUUCAGAGCAUUUUCCUGAACCCGAAAUGUCUCAGGUUUCACAGGAUCAACAGCAGGUAAUCAUUGAGGGGGAUCUACUGUACACAAGGCUCUGGUCUUUUAGUUUCAACUUUAGGUACACCGACAUGAUCCUUCUUUUUGGAAAUGACUCCCUAAAUGUGUGUUUAAUUGUAAUUGUGGAAACUUGAUUAGAAACUGUUCAUGCAUGUCUAUGUUGGUAGGGUAGAUGGGUUCUUCGUGUCCAAUUGCCAAUAAAGAUUGAUUUGAUUAUG